UGUCUGAUUAGUGAGUGGACACAGCGUGAUCAGGCAUGCAACUUCCAUUGAUCAUUAGCCUGCUGACACUCUGUACCCAUCAUGACACCGGGGAAGCAGCUUACAGGUACAUUAGCCCUGGCUGUGUUCACAGCAGUUCUGGGGUCCCUGCAAUAUGGAUACAGUCUUGGAGUCAUCAAUGCACCCCAGGCGGUCAUUGAAAAGCAUUAUGGACGCUCCUUGGGUGUGUGGUCAGACACGUCAGAAAACAGCACAGAAGAAGAAAAGUUCUCACAUGUGGGACAACACCCCACCGUGAUCAUGUAUUGGUCAUUGUCGGUUGCAAUCUUCUCCAUUGGCGGCAUGUUAUCCUCCUUCCUGGUAGGAUUUGUGGGAGACCUGAGAGGGAGGGUAAAGGGCAUGUUAAUGGUCAAUGUUCUGGCUAUAGCUGCUGGACUGCUGAUGGGUCUUUGCAGGAUGUGGAAACCUCACAUUAUGGUCAUUUCGGGCCGUGCUGUUAUGGGCUUUUACUGUGGGUUGACAUCUGGACUUGUGCCGAUGUACAUUGGAGAGAUUGCACCCAAGGCUUACAGAGGGGCUCUGGGAACAUUACACCAGCUGGCCAUCGUAGUUGGCAUCCUAAUCAGCCAGGUUAUAGGUUUGGACUUUAUACUUGGUAAUGAUGAUAUGUGGCCCCUGUUGCUUGGUCUGUCUGGAGCUCCGGCAGUAUUACAAUCCUUUCUGCUGCCUCUGUGCCCUGAGAGCCCAAGGUACCUUUACAUUCUACUGGGCAAGGAGCAAGAGGCUCGGAAAAGUUUGCUUCGUUUAAAAGGGGAAUAUGAUCCGACUCCUGAUCUGGAAGAGAUGAGGAAAGAGAAAGAGGCGGCAGACCAGGAGCCCAGAGUCUCUAUCCUUUCUUUGAUCCGCUCCUCUGUGUACAGACAGCAGCUGGUCGUUGCCCUCAUGAUGCACCUCUCCCAACAGUUUUCUGGCAUCAAUGCUAUCUUUUAUUACUCCACGGCUAUCUUCACUCGGGCUGGUGUCGGCCAGCCAGUCUAUGCCACUAUAGGAGUCGGAGUCAUUAACACAGUCUUCACUCUGGUGUCUGUGGCGCUGGUGGACAGGGCUGGCAGGCGCACUCUGACUCUGGUCGGUCUGGGAGGAAUGUGCUGUUGUGCAGUUGUCAUGACGGUGGGCCUCAAAUUCCAGAGUGAAUUCACGUGGAUGAGCUACGUCAGCAUGUCUGCCAUCUUCCUCUUCGUGAGUUUUUUUGAAGUUGGUCCCGGUCCCAUUCCGUGGUUCAUAGUUGCUGAACUGUUUAGCCAGGGACCUCGGCCUGCGGCCAUCGCUCUGGCUGGCUGCUGCAACUGGACCAGCAACUUCAUCAUAGGCAUGACCUUUCCAUAUAUAGAGAAAUUGUUGGGUUGUUACGUGUUCAUCCUGUUUGCCGUGCUGCUUCUUGCCUUCACUGUAUUUACUUAUCUCCGGGUACCUGAGACCAAGGGCAAGACUUUUGAGGAGAUCGCUGCCGUCUUUCUGAAGAGACAAAAAAAGUCAGCGGCACCAAGCCCCAAAGACGCUACCGAACUGCAGCAGCUGAAAACAUCCACAGAUGCUUAAAAAUACCAGUUUUCUUUUUGUUUGUGUCGUCUGCGCACAUGUGUCCAUCCAUCAGUAUUUCAAAUGUGAAGUGUUGUGUACAUUUUCUUUUUGUUCUAGUACUAAUUACUUGAAUUAAGCUAAAAAAAGAGCUAAUUUUUUAAUGUACAAUGCAAACUCUUACAGUAUUAUAAGCUGUUCCUUAGUAGUUAAUCAAUACUGGAUUAUGUCAAAGGGUGUUGUUGUAUUGUUUAACCUGCCUCUGCAGUUCACCCUAAUGAACUUGAUAGUCUUUCAAUUAAAUUUUUUAUUGUUUUA